AUGAACAAAAAAGUUGCAUAGGCAUAAUCCACUCUUCAUAAUAGUGAGUAUAUCAGAUCAUAGCCAUAUAUUAAGUAGCGAGGCGAUUCGAGUUCUUAAGAAAAAAAUCAAUCUCAAGAAAAUGUUAGUUUCAAGUUUAAUUAGAGUAUUGGCAAUGCCACACCAAGUAUUAAAAAUUAAUAGAUCAACCUAAAGUACAAAAACUUCAGCAAUCUUGGUUCUAGAAAUGAUGGAGCAUUAACCUAAUCUUUUCUUGAUUAAUCAAAUAAUGCAGGUAAAUUAAGUAAUAACCUGGGAGAAAGUAAGAAUUCACUAAAAGAUUAAUUUUAGCAAAGAUUGAAGCUUAAAAUUAUUAAACUUCAAGAAUAAAAAGAAGCAAGCAUUAAUUAAUCAAUGAGCACCAAGGGACCUAAUCUUAGAUAUACAAAGGACAAGAGAGUAAACUAAGAUUUAUAAUAAGUGGAUGAUACUGACUAAUCUUACAAUCUUAAUUCAGAGAGAGAAAUGCAAUCCUAAUAUUACGAAAGUCCAUUAAAAAAUGUUUUAGACAACUCAAUAAUCUCGGAUGAAAAUCAAGUCGAAGAAAAAAAAUCUUAACCAAAAUCAAUGCUCAAACUGAAGGUUAUCCCCACUUUCGAUGAAUAUGAGAACUCCAAUAAAGCAAUGAAUCUUAAUCUGCCUCCCAGAGCAUCAAAACCUGAUAAACCUUAAAAUCAACAAACUAUGAUGCAUUUGUUGUCUAGGAGUAAUAAUACUCCUGAUUUGAAAUAAGAGAAUAAGAACUUUGCACUGCAUAAGUAUGUAACUAGAAAGGAAUUAAAACACUCCUAAAACGAAAAUAAUUUAUAUAACAAUCUUACAAGAAAUAAUUUGUAAACAUAGAUCUAAUCAAGCUAGAAUUAGUUAGCUGUGAAUAACUCAAUGAAGUAAUUGCUGGAAAAAUUCAGACAAUAAUAAGCAUUGUAGAUAUCUGGAAUAAGCAAUAAGAGCACUCAGGAAUCCCCAAUAAAUUUCAUUAGUACUCUUAAAAAAUCAUAGACUCCAGUAAAAUAAAUCAAACUCCCAAUGAUCAGUCAUCAUCAUAGAAGAAUCAGUUUUAUAGAUGAUAAUCAAGAUUUAGGAUCAAGAUAAGCAUUGCCUCAGCAUAAUAGUGUAAAGCAUAAUAAAUCGAAAACUAUGGGCAUCAAUUAGCUAGAAAAAUUUGUUUACAAUUAAGAGAAAGAAAUUUUAGCUCCUUCUGUCCCACUAGUUAUCUAAAAAUCAAUCAAAUAAAGAAUAGAGAGGCAAAAUCUAAAAGUCAAAUUCGAAGAUGAGAUUGUAAAAAAAAUGAAAAAGAAUCACAUUAAUCUAAAACAGAGACUAGGUGACGCAUUACUCUCAAGAUAUAAAAGUACAUCAGUCAUAAGCCAACAAUGA